AAGGAUACUAUUUUGAAGAUGCCUGUCUCUCCAAUGGCUAUGGUUGCUUCUAGAGUCUGUGGAACCUAAGAGCUCAAUUCCAAUGGGAAGAGUUGGCUGCAGAAGUCUGGUUCUUAGAAUCAUCCCGUCGAUCUACCUUGACUUAGAAAAAACUUGCAAUGGUGUUAGUCACAGAAACCACUCCGGCAAAGCCGGUCGUGGAUGAGGAGACCGGGAACAAGUUCCUUGGACGGAUCCGUGUCCCCCUUUCGAUUCUUUUCAUGGUUGUGACAUUGGCUCUCGGUGCUGCACUCAGCGUUACGAUUGGUGUGAUUUCGAUCGUCAAGGGGAACCAAUCCAUUGCGAGCACAUCCCAAGACCUCCGUGCAAUGACCAUGAACCGCGCUUAUGACCGAGUUAAUACCAUGCUCGGGACCGCCAGCUCUCUUCUCUUCACCCUUACGAACAGUACUAUGAUGUACAAGUACUUCAACAGCGGCACGCAAGACGAAAUUCUUAGCCGCGACAUGCUGUCCAACAUGGACUUGCUUACUCUCCACUGGCAAAUGGCGAACCAGAACCCUUUCAUCGGUGCUACAGGGUGGUACAUGGAGCAGAACUCAAACUAUAUGGCUACAUACUCUCGAGCGAAUUUCAUUGCCUACAGCGACGACACAACUCGGGCGGUGCUUGGAUCUAGCGCAAACUGGAAUCAAACGCAAACCCGAUGCAAUGACACCGUCCGUUGGUUUGACGCUAGUGGCAAUCGGACUUUGAGCGGUUCUUGUGUCAUGAACUCAAUGCUCGUUCGCGGCGUGAAAGCGGACAAUUCGUUGGACUUUGAUCACGCAGUUAUUAGUCGCGGUGACUGGAACUUGACUCGAAUGUGGUCGCAGCCUUACAGUUCUACAGGAAAGCCGGUGUGGGGUACCAUUACCUACAGUACCAACCCUGUAUUGCGCACAUUCCUUGUCCCUCUGAUUCAACCCAUCUGGUAUGGCCAACCAGUAGGGACAGCCACCGCGGGUCAGACAUUCUUUGGUGCGCAAUUUGUCACAAUGACACUCAAAUCCCUGGAAACCUACAUUCCGACAAUCGUCCCAACAGCCAACGCUAUCCUCUCCUUUAUGGAUACUACCGGGACCCUCGUUGCUUCCAGUCAAGCAGGAGCAGCCGCUAGCACCGCUACAGGUGCCCGCUACAAGGGAUGGAAUAGUCCCAACCCUAUGGUCGCUGCAACAGCCAAAUACAUGUUUCCCCAAUACGCCGAUGACGCCGCCUAUAUCCAAGCGGUAUCUAAUUUCGAAGACUUUUCGGGUCAGUUUGAAGUGGACGGCGUUAAAUAUCUUUUGGACUGCCGCUGGGUUGGCGACCAAUGGGGAUUGAAAUGGCUCAUGAUCAUGACCAUUCCUUACGCCGACUUCUAUGGAACUGUCGACGCCGCCAAGCGACAAAUCGUGUAUGCUUGCAUUGGUCUAGGAAUCUCUGGCUUCCUCAUCGCCAUUGCCACAUCCCUCAUCGUCAUUCUUCCCAUCCGCCGUCUCAAUAUCGUUAUGGGUGAAGCACUCAACUUUGACUUCUCCGCCCUCCGUAACGGAUACCUCCAGAGACGAUCGGCGUUCAAGGAAAUUGCCGAGAUGCAAUCGACUUUUGCCCUCAUGUUGGCUAAAUUUGCCACUGCGAUUCAAAACAACAAGAACUUGGGUAAUAGGAAGUUGUCCGAGAAAUCUAGUGACCCGGGACGGCCCGCUCAAACGACUACGUCAAAUAGUGGAAGCUUGGCUGGCACAGUUAGUAACCAGUAUCAAAGACCUCUGCUUACUGGUGGACGAACUGGCAUGGAUGCAGUGGUAGAGGGCACCGAGACUAGUGCUAGUAAAUUUUAAUAGUUGCGAGGUGGGAUGUGUGGUUAUACCUUUGGGCUAGGGACUACUCUGCGUUUUCUUUCCCUCUAUAUCAAUAUAAUUGCCUUUUCACAAUCA